UCCAGCCAGUGAAAUAACUGUGUGCCAAAAUAAGGGCUGCUUAGGGCAGAGAGAGAGAGAAUUCGAGUGUGCUGAGGUGAGGGUCAGUGCAGGGUAGUGGUGCGGAAAAAUGAUUUUUUUUUUUUCUGGUUCUGCUAUGCAUUCUGGUAUAUGUCCCGCAUACAGCACAUCAACUCAAUCUACCUCCUUCCAUCUGCUCCAUUCUGCACUCAGAGCCACAGAUUUAAUAUUCUUGCAAUGCUUUUAAAAUGAGAACUGAAGAUAAGACUGGGCACAAGGCAAACAUGAGAUCUGAAGAUUGAUGAAUGACGUAUCAGAGCAGCCUAAAUCAUAAAUGCAGAUUACAUGCAGGGGGCUGGAAACAAACAGCUGUGAUCGAGCAAACAAACGUGUACUCAGAGGAGAUUUGGUCUGAGCUCGCAGACUACGGCAGAAUGCAGCUUAGCAAUGAACAAUGAAGGCAAGCUUGACAACCUGUAACAAAUGCUGUUCCGGUUGAAAAUUUAAGGCUUUUCCAGUAAUUACAUUAACCAAGCACACCUCAUUUACAUUAGCAGCCUAGUUAUAUAAAAGUGCUGCCAUCUAGUGACAGGCUUUUUUUUCACGAGCAAAGCAACAUUUCUAAUUGAAUUGCUUUUUAUAUGUAUUAGUAUUUUUUUUUAAAAAAAAGAUUGAUCAUUUAAAUGUCUAGUAUAUAUUUAACUCUCUAUGGACCUGUUUCAUUUAGAAAAACAGGCUAUUCCCUCUGACAAAGUCUUGACGAUCCAAACUUUUUUGCCAAGUAACCAAACUCUUUGGUUAUCAAGACAAGAACUGCUAGCUUUUCUGACACAUGGUCAAAGCACACUAUGGUAAACAUAUUUUUACAGUACUUAAAUAUCUUAUAAAGCCAAUAUAUAAGAAUAAUUUUACAUGUGUAUGAAAUACGUGAGGAAUAAUUAAAGACAUUGGCUUCCAAAUGGAUUAAAAACAAUGUGCCAUGAUAAAUGACAAUGGCCCAUUAGGGAAUAUAUAUAAAAUGCAUGUUAGCAUAAUCUCGUUUACAAUGAACAUGGUGGUCUAAGCAUUUUUAUGCAUUUUUUGGUAGAUGUUAGUAGGUUUUUUGGAAAGAGGAAAGGUAUGGCAAGAUGGUGCAGAUACUGGAAUAAUAAUGUUUUAGUUACAUAUUUUUAUCUAAAAGGUUUUUUAAAUAGUUUUAGUCUACACUGAGGACAGUUUGUUUUGUGGCCUAGUGUAAGACUCACAAUGAAAUGUGUUCAGUGUUCUUUCACAUAAGGUUUUUUUUUUUAUGUUGUACUCUUAAUCAAUUAACUGUCAAGAAUAAAUCAAAUAAACAGAAUUAGUUUCUUCUUGUGGUAUAGUAUAUACUUACAAUUUUCAUGAAAUAAAAUGCCCUAUUUGAUGAUAAAUGUUAUCUGUUAAGGUUCAUUGGCCCAUGUAUAAACAGCAUGUUCCUAGGUCCAAAUUAAAAUGUUCUAUUUUAGAAAACAUUUUUUUGAUGUAGUUAGAACGUUACAUUCAUUUUUUGCUGACAUUCAACACAAUGUUCACGGACUGAGCACGCAUUGGUUUUAUGUUUUGUGUCAUACCUACAAACUCAUUGUUCAUGUUUCUAUACUUUUGUGACUUUUUGUGAAUCUUGUGUCUUUAUUAACCAUGAGCAACAGAUGGACCACUUAGUGUAACAAUAGAAAAUUGCAGGCUGUUACCUAAAUAAAAGUCGUUUAUUUAGCUAUUGUCAGGGUAAUCUUAUCUCCUUUCCCCCUCACACUCCUGGUUAUCCUUCUCACUGAUGUACAUUUGGAAAUGCAAUCCAGAGGAAGUUUAUGAAACUGUGGUUGUGGCAUUUGCUCUGAGUCAGCUAGUGUGAGUUCAGUUGUGUCAUGGAGAGAGAGAGAGAGCGCGAGAGAGAGUGUGAGUGUGUGAGUGUGUGUGCGUGUGUGUGUGUGUGCGUGCACUCCACCCUGCAGUCUAUCUAGCGUCAUCGGCUCCCUACUGCUGGCCAGCGUGUCUGUGAGACACUCCCCCUCUGCUCCACUCUGCUCUAUUCGAACAUGCAUUGUUCUCAGAGUGCGCUGAAGAAAAGUUUCAAACAGAACUCAAACAGCGGGAUCACAUCAGAGCAGCUCUCCCGAUAGACUCAAGCAGUGGAUGGAUCUCUGGGAAACAUUGAGGAUUUGGCUAAGGAGUACUCAGAGUAUUACAGUACCUCUUACAGUGACGUGAGUGAGAGGAUGGAGGAGCUUCGCAAGCGCAAAGUGGCUCAGGAAGCAGAAAUCGCAAAUACCGAGUCAAUGAUCACAUCACUUCAGCUGCGCUCAGAAAUCCAGGAGUCCCUGGGGUUGAGCAGCACUGUGUCCACUCCUGAGGUCGAGAGAAGGCUUUUGAUGCACAAGUCAGGCUCAGAAGAUGGAUCUGGAGGAAAAUGGGACAGAAAGAAAAACAAAUCCUUCUGGCAGAAUUUCCGCAAGACACAGAAAGGCGUUACACGCCAGACGUCAAAAGCUGAUGACCUUGGCUUUGUAGCCAGUGAGAUCACGAUGAGCGAUGAAGAACGCAUUCAGCUGAUGAUGAUGGUGAAGGAGAAGAUGAUAACUGUAGAGGAGGCCUUGGCUCGGCUGAAAGAGUACGAGGCUCAAAAUCGUCAGUCAUGUACCACGGACACAACGGAGUGGACUGAUGCUUCGAGUCCCACUACGAACGAGCUCGCGGUGAACUUUAUUUCACAGGAGCAGUCAGAUGAUGAGCUGGAGGAGUCGGCGGCUUUUGGCAGGCUUCACAAGCUGGUCAACUCUACCCGCCGUGUGAAGAAGAAGCUUAUUAGAAUAGACGAGAGCAAAAAACACACAUCAAAAGACUCGUUGAGCACUGCCUUCUCGCCUACAUGUGAGGAAAAGGCCGCUCUCUACUCAGGUGUACAGAAGCGUCUGGUCAUGUCUCAGGGUGAUGGUUUGGCCUCAGUUCUGUGUGUGGACGAAGAUUCAGACAGCCUGACCACAUCUCCGUCUUCCAGCAGCCUGGACACCUACAGUGGCCAUAAGCAGUUUAAGCCGUUUAACAGUAGCCAGGGGCUAAGCUCCCCUCCCACAGGGCCCAGUGUGGACCCUUUGGUGAUGGACGCAGGCAGCCGCUCAUCCUUUUCUGAAGCUGAGGGCUGCUGUGAGGAAGAGCCCAGGAUAACCCGUUCUGUGACCGAUGGAGAAAUGAGACGGGCCUCGAGUCCCUUUAAAUUACAUGGGAGGGCGUGUAGCUUUGGUGGGUUUGACCUUAUGAACCAGGCUGCAUACAUGAGACACAGCUGUAACACCCCUAGUGAUAAUGGGACCAUCAGCAGGAGAGAUGCAGCGAGGUCACCAACUCCGUCCCGCAUCUCUCUUGGGAAGAAGGUGAAGUCGGUGAAAGAGACCAUGAGGAAACGCAUAUCCAAGAAAAGUAGUUCUGUCCUGUUUGAGCAGUUGAGUCCGAGCAGAGAGCCCGAGUCACUCCAGUCCCCCCACACAGACACAGACUCGCUGGAAAAACCCAAGCUCAAGUCCGGCGGUUCUGUCGAGAGUCUGAGGAGCUCACUAAGUGGACAGAGUUCAAUGAGUGGUCAGACAGUAAGCACCACAGACUCCUCAGCAAGUAACAGAGAGAGUGUGAAGUCAGAGGAUGGUGAUGACGAGGAGCUGCCUUACAGAGGGCCAUUUUGUGGCCGAGCCGUUGUACACACCGACUUUAUCCCCAGUCCCUAUGACACAGAUUCCCUCAAACUCAAGAGAGGGGACGUUAUAGACAUAAUCAGUAAGCCUCCAAUGGGUACAUGGAUGGGCCUUCUGAAUAACAAGGUGGGCACCUUUAAGUUCAUCUAUGUGGACGUGCUGAGUGAGGAAUGCGAAAAGCCCAAGUGCAGCAUCAGAAAGAGAAGGAAGAGUCGGCCUCCCAAACCCACCUCUGUGGAGGAGCUUCUAGAGCGCAUCGAACUCAAAGAGCACAUGCCCACAUUCCUAUUUAAUGGAUAUGAGGAUCUAGAAACGUUUAAGUUGCUGGAAGAAGAGGACCUGGACGAGUUGAACAUCAGAGACCCACAGCACAGAGCAGUGUUGCUGACUGCAGUGGAGCUGCUGCAGGAGUACGACAUUAACAGUGACCCCGAGAAUGGUGGCUCCUCAGUAGACCCAGAGGAUAAGGUUCAGCCAGAGAUAUCAGCUCCUUCAAGAGAUUCUCCACGCGACUCUGGUUGCUAUGAGAGCAAUGAGAAUCUGGAGAAUGGGAAAGGCAAAAAGACAUCUCAUUUAAGCAGGUCUUCAUCAGGCUUUGAGUCCAGUCACCUCCCAUCUCCUGAGUAUCCCACUCCUCCUCUCAGCCAGUCCAGCAGCAGGCAGGAUCCACAGUCUCUCCUGCCACCUUUCCAGAUAACCUCCAUCAAAGCUGUUCACUUAGGGGCAAACCGCUCCUUGCUCAGCAUAAAGCCCCUCAGUCAGAGCUAUGAUGAGCUGCCUUGCAUCCCUGUACCCCAAGGCUUGUGGAAACGUUCUCUUUCAUUGGAUUAUCGGAUCCUCCACAUGAAGGAGCCCUACAACCCAGAAAACUUGACGCCCAUUCAAUCAGUAGAACCUGAUGCUUUGCUGCAGAGGUGCAGCGCUGCUGAGCAGAAUGAAGCUAUAAUGUGUCAGGCAUGUUCCAAUCAAGAGGAUGAAUCUGAAGAGCUAGGCACAGGAGAUGAGCUAACUUUCCCUUCUGUUGACUCCUCCACAGAUGUGGAGAGUGAGGAUGUACCUGUAGAUAGUGCUGAAACCUCUCCAUCAGAUCCUCCCUUAUACCCACCUCGCAUAAAACCACCAAUUCCUCCUAAACCUCUUCCACCGCCAUUUGUAAAUGACAAAGAGACAACAAACCCUGACAACAAACACGUGUUCCAAUCCACCUUGGUGUCACACAAAUCAGACCCUGCCUCUGGUAUUCCCAAGUCCAGCAAACCUUUUAUCCACAGACUUGGAAAGAAAGUGCAGCAUGCUCGAUCACCUAAUCUGGAGUCACUUGUAGAGGAGAAGCUGAUCUUGGAUGGUAUAGACCUCACAGAGGAGCCCUAUUCUGACAAGCAUGGCCGUUACAGAGUCCCGUUCUCCCUCAUUCAAAGAUACUCUGAAGAUUUGGACAAGCCUUUGGGGGAUAUUGCCACAGUAAUGGAUCAGACCAGAAUCCAGCUGCUUCGCAAACAGCACCGUAUGGCAAUCCCACUGAGAGGAUUAUCAGAGAUUUGUAUAAAGCUCUAAUUCUUUGACUUUAAUGCUGGAUCCCAAGCCGUCAUGUUGUCAUCUGUUGCUCUCUGGCACAGAUGCUUGAUCGAUCAACUGUCUGAUCACCUAGCAGAUCACCAGACUACAGCAGCAGUCACAGCCAUGAAGGAUGCAAAUGUGUAUAAGGGCUGAUGCCUAAAUGUUUGAAUGAAGGAAGAAUGUUACUGACUGUCAUGAAAGAAAUCUGUACACUUUUCAAGUGUUACUGGAGCCAAUUUAAGAUUGAACUUCUUUUCAGAAUGCGGUUUUAAUUAGAGGCAAGCAAUAUGACAAAAAAUAUACCGCAAUACCUGAAGACAUUUCUAUGAUAAACGUAUGUAUAAGAAUUUCCAUUUGCUGACAAACUGCCAGCAAAACAGUAGCAUUGUGUUUUAAUUAAAAACCUGUGAAAUAUUGAGCUAGGUGAUAAUUUUAUUUAUUUUCCAAAAAAAGAAGAAAUUAUUUAACACUGAAAAGAAGGAAAGAAAAAGUACAAUUUCUGUCAUUCAAUUUUAACAUUUUACUAUUUUAAAAUAUUCGGUACAAAGUUUUAACUGAGGCUGCUGCUUCUAAUCAGUUUGUAGUUUUAAAAAUAUAUAAAAGAUACUGUGAUGCCAAUAUCACUAUGAUAUCCUGACGUGGCCCAGCCCUUGUUUAACAUUUUAAUAGGAAAAAUAGAUUUGUGAAAUCAGAUACAUGCUUUCUCUGAAUCUGUCAUUUUCCCCUCCCCCAUGGUUAUAUAUAAUACAAUUAAUUCAGUACUUGUAUUUAUCCAGCACCAGAUCAGCAUCUUGGAAACUUUUUAAAUCUAUAAAUCAUGCUACUUGUAAAUUAGAAUGUGAUGAAUGUGAUUCAUUGUGAAGUACGACUGCUGCCUUUCAAGUGUAAGUAUAAAAUAGGAGCUCUCUAUGAUGACUUGUGAAUUUGCAUUUGUUUUAAAAUGUGUUUAGUCUCACCUUGAAAAAUGAAGAUUGUGAUUAAAGCUACCUGAAAUCUUGGCUUUAUUAUGAAACGACUAGGUCAGUGGUUCUCAAUUCCAGUGAAACCCUGCGCAAUUUAUUUUUUCUUAAAUAAUUCCUCUGGUUUGCGUCUUUAAGUUUCAGUUUAAACACUUUGAAUUGAGUCCUGUAUGUAAGACCAUGAGAAGAAGAAUCCAUACAUUUUCUGUGUAUUAAAUUGAAAUUGAGGGUCACACCCUUCUUUGCUACUGAAAUUUAUAAACAAUUUUCAAAUAUAAGUAUUCAAAUAUUCCUGUUACUUGUUGUAAAAGACAAGGGUAUGGAUGUCUUUUUUCCAUACAUGUUUGUGACUGCAUGCUGUCCAUUGUCAAUUUUUUUUUCCUAUAUAUUUUCUCAAAAAACUGUUUAUCAAGGUAAAUAUUUAUUUUUUUCAUUGUUACAGGGUGUAUUCAAAGAUACUCUCUGCAUCGUGUCAUUACAUACUUUAAUUCUCUGAAAUGGCUUUAAUGGUCUUGUGUGUAGAUUAUACAAAUGGACUUAAACUUCUUGGGAAGAACAUAAUAAUAAUAAUAAUAAUAAUAAUAAUAAUAAAAGCAACAAUCAUGAAGUCUUAUGAUUUAUUUAACCAUAAAUAAAGGGAUUUUUAGAUUAGGAUAUUUCCGUGUCCAGGUUGAACGUUAGGAGUUAGCUACAAAAAACAAAACACUGAAACACUGAUUUUAGCCAAUCUGAUUCAAGAAAAA